UUAAAUGUGUCAUAUAUUUUGUGUUCUCAAUCUUUAGGACAUUAAAUUGUAUGAUUGGUCAGAUGAAGCAUAUCUUGGCUGCAGAACAAAAGAAAACAGAUUUUAAGCCAGAAGAUGAAAACAAUGUUUUGAUUCAGUAUACUAAUGCAUGCGUAAAAGUCUGUGCUUAUGUAAGAAAACAAGUUGAGAAGAUUAAAAAUUCCAUGGAUGGGAAGAAUGUGGACACAGUUCUGAUGGAACUUGGAGUACGUUUUCAUCGGCUCAUUUAUGAGCAUCUUCAACAAUAUUCCUAUAGUUGUAUGGGUGGCAUGUUAGCAAUUUGCGACGUAGCUGAAUAUAGAAAAUGUGCCAAAGACUUCAAGAUUCCAAUGGUAUUACAUCUUUUUGACACUCUGCAUGCACUUUGCAAUCUCCUGGUCGUUGCUCCAGAUAACUUAAAGCAAGUCUGCUCAGGAGAACAACUUGCCAGUCUGGACAAGAACAUCCUUCACUCCUUCGUACAACUUCGUGCUGACUAUAGAUCUGCCCGCCUAGCUCGGCACUUCAGCUGAGUUGAAGUCACAAAGGAAAUGUGUUGUAUUUCAGAAGGCCUCGGGUGAUAGAAGCACAGGAGAUUCCUUAUGACACAGCCAAUGUUUUAUGUGAAGAAAUGACUGGAAGAAAGCAGCAGCCAUACUUACCCAGGAAUUUCAUUGAAAGUUGGACACCAUUAGCUAUAUUUUGCUUUUUAUCUUUUCCCUGUUACAUUGAAUUCCAUACUUUAAUUUAUAAAUUUCAAAUUCUUUAAACCUAUACGUGACUGUUAUAAUCCUGAAAAAUGUUGGUGUGAGAAGAUGAAUGAAUUUCACCAGUGUUCUGGUUCUUGAUCUUUAACGCAUUCUCUUUGGAAACCCUACCAUUCCUGUUUUGAUUAAAAUAGGUGAAGUGCAGUAAAACUAUACUUAUUUAUCAGUUCUUCAGUUAACUUUUUAGCACCGGUGAUGUUAAUUAAGUUAUUAGAUUUCCCUAAAGAACUUGUAACAACUCAAAAAGACCACAGUUGAGCAUCAUUUCUAUAGGUGGGAGGGGCUUUUCCUGAGGUAUAGCAGUACUAGUCCAGGGAAAAUGUUAUGAACUAAACUAAAAUGAUGAACUGUUUUAAGUAGAUGGUAGGAACAAAUCAGAAUAUAUCUGCUUUCUGGGUAAAACUUCCAAGUUUACUAUUUCUUAUUUGAUAAAUAGAUUUAAGCCAAUUAAUUAGUAAGAAAUUAAUGAAACUACCUUAUUUUAUAUUUAGCUUAAGGUGGAAUACUUUAAAGGACCAUGUUUGUUAUUUUAAUACUCUGAGUAAAAAAGUGACAUAUAGUGUAAACGGUAUUUAUGAGAAAUAGCAACAUGUUUAGCAACAAUGCAGUCAGUCCCUUAAGACCAGCCAGCCUUGAAUGAAAUGGGAUGGCUAAACAUCCAGUAGUCUUCUAUUUUAAGAGGAAUUGAGAAUUUCAGGUAAUAAAUAUUAUAUAUUCCAAGUUUGGAGGCAAGCUCACAGCAAAAGCCUGCUUUUCAGUUCUGAAGAUUCUUUCAUUGUCCAUUUUCAAGACAUUUCUGAAGUUAUUCCUACUUGGAUAUUAUUGAUUGAAUUGGCUUAAUAUGGUACAAUAAUAAAACACUCACAAAAGUUUAAACAUCAGAUAAAAAUUUAGAAAGGCCAUUGCUCUGUAAACCCUAUUAACUUACUCUGUAAGAAUACAUUCUAAGUUAUAUAUAGUCCAUUAUAUUGUUCAUGGUGUUCUAGGACCCAAGUGAGCUGUAAUAUUCAGUUCAUUCAUAGCAUUGUUUUCUCUUAAUGUAGGGUUUGGCCUAAUUUGGGGUGAAUUGUUUAUUUCUUCUGAGAACCUCACUCUGAAUAGUUAUCAACAUUACCAAGCUGUCUAAUCCAGAAUUAGCUACUGUACAAGUUACUGUUGACUGUAUUUCCAUUUUCUGUUUAGCCCAGUGUUACAAAGGUAAGCAAGGGCAAUGAGCAUGCCAACUUUUGUCACUUUUAUAGGACGUUGUGGCAGUUUUAGAGGCUUUCCAGAAAGCAGUCCUCAGACCAGGGAGAGCCAGAACAGGUCUGGAGACUAGAAAAGAUCUAUACUUGUACUGUUGCCACUUUAAAAAGUACUGAUGUGAAUUCAAAUUAUACCUCUGUUACUUCAAGCCAACAGUUUUCAGGCAGUAGUUUUACUGGCCAUUUGAACUCUUUGUACAGUGUCAAUUUGUAAAAAAAAAAAAAAAAAAAGAAAAGAAAAGAAAAGAAGAAAAAAAUCAAAACAUGAGAUAACAUUAUAAGACUUCCAAAUCAGAGAAGCACCUCAAAUUAUUUUGUUUGAAUUAAUUUUUAAAAAUGUAAAGCAGUUACUUGUUUAGAUAUUUUGUUAAUUAUUAUUUCCAUGCUUGAGUUCUGUGCAAUAUUUUCCAUUAUGUCCACUGACAGGACAAAGAAAAUUCAAAGUGAAUACCUUAUUUAGAAGUGUUAACUUUCAUGCUCAAUAAACAAAUUCCCUGCAAUUGUUUUUUUAUUUCACCCAAUUUUUACAUUUUAAGAACAUCUAUAAUGAAUUAUAUAUUUGAUUUUUUUUAACUAAAAGUAUUCCUUAUUUUUCAUAGUUUAGAUUUCUCCCUUUUUUUAGCAGAAAGGAACAUGACUAUAUAAUCAAGAUUUAAAAAUCUAACUAGAAUAGGGUGUUUCUCUAAAGAAAUAAAAAUAUGUGUUGUAUAAACCAGUAUAAAUUCUUUGCAUUUCACUCUUAAAGUAUUUACAUAUAUGGGCAUCAUAAAAUUUAGUUCAAAAUGUAUAACUCAAAAAAGAUUGUCAAUAGAUAAAAUGCUCUUAUAUAUACAUGGGAAAUUUUUAGUUAGAGAUAAUGGAGCUUAAUAAAUUUUACCAAAAUUUAAAUAAUCUUUAUACUAUCCCACAGUUCUGUGUGAACUACACAUAAUAUUUAAGUAUAAAUAUUUCAUUUAAAAUGUGCUUCAAAACACUGAGAAGUGUUUGUCUAAACUUGAGUGUCUUAAUUUGAGAUGCAGAACACAGACUUCAGAAGAAGGCUAGUUUCUGAAUUACUGGAAAUGAUAGAUCACACAAAUCCUUAUAUAUAGGUUUAGAAUGGCCCCUGAAUUAAUUGAAAAUGAUCGAGUACACUGUGAGCCCUUAUCAAGAAUUAUUAGAUUUUAUUGGGUGGAUCGAUUUUUAGAAUAUGGCAGUGUAACCAUUCCAAGACAAUUACUGGCCUCCUUUAGGAAUGCCAUUGCUGUGAAUCCCUAGGGUCUUCCUUGUUUUAAAAAGUGCUGGUAUCAUAGGUUAAAGGAGGUUAAGUUAAAUUUUAAAGCAGGUAAUUUGUGGUAUAUUUUCUUUGCUCUUUCCAUUUUUCUUUCCUUUUAUGCCUAAAUAUUUUACUUUCUGAAUACUAGCUUCUUAUACACAGUGAAGUAAUUACCAGUCAAUAGAUUGAUUCAAAGUAGAGAAUUUACAGCUUCCUUGAGACGUUUCUGCCUACAUUAGUACACAUCCAGAUGAAGAGAUAUUGGCUCCUAAAAUAUCCCUGAACCUUAGAGUGGUCGUGUUCAUAAGGCUAAGACAUGCUUGAAUUGUUGGUGCAAGAAUAAGGGGCACUCAAAUUUAUGCCUUGUGACCAGGAAAGAUUAUAUCUCCUGAUUAACAUGGUGUUCUUACAAAAAUAUUCUGUCAUUGCCCACACACUGUUCACUGCUUUUUCAGGAGUGUGAGAUCUUUUCUAGAAGCCCCCUGGACUUACUUGAUUUCUAGCAGAGACUUUGGUAUACAAAGUACUCUGAAUUAUCCAGUUCGUUGAAUUAUGUUCAAUUCCUUUACUACUCUACUUGAGAAGGCUUAUCCUACAAUUUACUACAUAUUUUGGAAAAGAAGACCAGUGCAUAUCAUUGUGCCAAAUAAUUUUUCAUGAAGUUAAAAACAGCAAUUUAAAACUUUAACGCAUAAUAAAGGUAAUUAUAUCUACA